UUUAAAUAAUUUUAUUAUUCAAAUUAAAUAACACUUUCCAUACAUUUAAACAAAACAAUUUGGAUGAAAUGCAAUUCAAAGUUCACUUAUUGUUCAUGCGCGCCAUCUUUCCGUGGAAAUGUCAAAUCGAGUGGAUUUUUGGUGGGAAUCGAUUGGGUCAACUUCACUUCGGUGCUGUCAUUGUGUUUGUCUAUCGGCAGAUUGUUGCAUUGAAAUAAGUAGAAAAGUCACUUCAACACAACAUCAUCAAUUCAAAAAGAAAACGUGUUCUGAAUCGAAAACCCUCGAGAAAAAAAAAGUCGCAAAAAGUAUCAGAGUAUCAAAGUAUAAGAGUAUCAAAGUAGCACGGUAGACCAAACAAAAAAGUUGCAAAGUAAUCAGAAUGAGUGGACAUCGUGCAAAACGGCGUCGCUUAAACACAGACGAGGGUGAAUCGGUCGAGUCAGACGAUUCACACGUUUCCAACGAAAGACUGCAUGAUUCAGGCGAGGCAUCGACAUCCAACGAGCCACAAAUUAUUAUCGAUCCCGACGAACAAAACCCAUCCGAUGAACAAUGGUCUGGCGAAUCGAAAGAUGACAGCGACUCAGUCUUAGCAACCUGUCGACUGCGACACGGACUGAAUGACGACUGUCUGUGUGAAGUGUUCAAAUUUCUCGCCGUGUACGAUUUGAUUCAACUGUGUGAGCUCGACAUUUAUUUCCAGAAUUUGAUAACGAAAUGGGUGAUUGGUAAGAAAUUGAUCAAUUUCACGAAAAUGGAUCCAUGUUGGACAACAAAUAAAAUCUUUCAGAUUUUUGGUAAAUCCAUGCGUAAAAUCAAGAUUGCCGAAGAGAAUACGCUAGGUUGCUUCGAAAAGUUCCUGUCUUUUGUGAAACAAUACUGUGCCAUUGGUGGAUUAACCGAUGUCGAGCUACGUUUUAGUGAGCCGACCGCUCCACAGGCCAUCAUUGACCAAUCAAUGCCACAUUUUGCAAAUCUCCGCCAAUUGGUGCUCAACGACAACUACACACGUGUUUGGUACAAAGAAUUUUUAGCCGGCAUUGCUGUGACCGCAACAAAUUUGACACAUCUGACGUUGGAGGGAGUGAAUGUGUCGGGUGAAUGGCUGACCAAUGUUGGGAUGCAGAAUUUAAAAGAGCUACGGUUGCACGCAUCAAAACGUCGUUCGAUGAACAUUCAAACCAACGAAUUGGCCGUGUUCUUGCGGUCGAAACCAAAACUGGAAAUUUUCAGCCACAUUGGUACCAGUGAUAUCACAGAUGUGAUCGAUUCAUUGACCGAAAGCUGCCCAAAGUUAAAGUCAUUUGCCGAUUUCCACUUGAACAACCCGCACGACAUUCGCACGGUGACCAAUAUCAACGCACAGAUGAUGCAUCGGUAUACAUUUGUUCGACAAUUCACUGGCGUCACCACACUCGGUCUUACAUCGUAUACACAAUGCGGCAGUGAUGUCUACUAUCCACUGAUCAAAUUGGCCGUACAGAAUCGGGUGGAAGCAUUGAAAAUUUACAUGGAUCGCAACAAUACCGUCGUUUUGCCAGAAAAUAAUCAGAUGCGCUACUCACACCGAGAUUUUGGCCAUUACACUCGUCUUCGGUCAAUUGAGCUACAAAUUCGAUCUGAUGCAUCCGAUCAAUGCGAAUUGAAUGCAGAAUUCAUUUGCGAUUUUGUGUCGAAGCUGGAAAACAUCGAGAAAUUCACUGUCAUGUGCGAACCAGCACUGAAGGAUGUCAACAAAAUUGUGGACAAAGCACCACAUUUGAAGGAAUUGGGAAUAUCACACACAAAGAUGAAGUAUUUGCCGGUGGAAAUGCUGAAAAUCGUUCGAUCAAUUCGGAAGCGUCGCAAGGCCUUGAUUGCAGACGGUAUCAACGAUCCGGAACCAUUCCAUCUGGUGGUCAACAUCAAGCAAUUGCGUGAGGUACAGGUGUACGAUGAUGUCAAGACCAUUUUGAAGGCCACUGUCGACAGCAACGAUGAAAGCCAAAGCUUCAAUUUGAUGGGAGUGUGAUGGAAUCCGUUUUUUACACACCUUUUUUUUGGAAACAAACAAAUGGAUAUUCACAUUCAAUUGUUCACGUAGACAUUAGACAUUAGCCAUUUCAUCUUACAUUCAUUUUUUUUCAUCCGAUUAACUAAUAUAACCUAUUUAAACUAUUGCAUAAGAUUGAAAUAUAAGCUAUCAGUUGAUUUAUGAAUGAAAAGCGACGAAAUUAUGGCUGUCAAUAGAUAACAAUGAAUUUUAUCUAUAAAAUAUAAUAAUAAUAUAAAAACCUUUUUUUCUGAAAGAAACUCUAUUGUUUUUCUGAAAUAGAAACCAUAAAUUGGACAUUCAUUUAAAAUUGUAUUAAACAUGAAAAAAAGAAAUUGAGAAAAAAAAGUUUAAAACGAUUUUGUUCUUAUCAAAAUAAUAAAGAGAAAAUUAUAUUUUUUUGCCCAGAAA